GCCACCGGCGCCUGGCUAAACGUGUUCUUUUUAGCAGUUUUUCAGAAAGAAAAUGUUCACCAGACCCAGGAGUAUUAGAAAAUGAUAUGGAUCAACUCAUGAACAACUUGGGGGUCCAACUUAAGUCAGAAGGUGGCUCACUGCAGGUGUUCAAACAGGGUACUAUCCAACUGAGAGAUCACCCUGUGACGGCAGAUAGAAGUAGUAUGACAUCUCCACCGCUCCUGGAUACGAGCUCCAUGGAGAACCCAGCUCUGUUUAAUGACAUCAAGAUUGAACCCCCAGAAGAACUUCUGGCUAAUGAUUUCAGUUUACCCCAGGUGGAACCAGUUGAUCUUUCUUUUCAUAAACCUAAGGCUCCUCUCCAGCCUGCUAGCAUGCUGCAAGCUCCAAUACGUCCUCCCAAGCCACUGUCUGCUCCCCAGGCUCUUGUGGUAUCCACUUCAACAGCUGACACGAGCACUUCAGCAAACAUCCCUGCUGUUCUGACUCCUGGUUCUAUCCUAGCCUCCUCUCAGGGGACUGGUGGCCAACCGAUAUUACAUGUGAUACACACCAUCCCCUCAGUCAGUCUGCCAAAUAAAAUAGGUGGACUAAAGACCAUUCCACUGGUAGUACAGUCUCUGCCCAUGGUGUAUACCAAUUUGCCUGCAGAUGGGAGCCCUGCAGCAAUUACGGUCCCACUCAUUGGAGGAGAUGGCAAAAAUGCUGGAUCAGUGAAAGUUGAUCCCACGUCCAUGUCUCCACUGGAGAUUCCAAGUGAUAGUGAGGAGAGUGCAAUUGAGAGUGGAUCCUCAGCCUUACAGAGUCUGCAGGGACUGCACCACGAACCAGCAACAAUGGCCCAAAUGCAGGGAGAGGAAUCACUUGACUUGAAGAGAAGACGGAUUCACCAGUGUGAUUUUGCAGGAUGCAGCAAAGUGUAUACCAAAAGCUCUCACCUGAAAGCUCACCGCAGAAUCCACACAGGAGAGAAGCCUUACAAAUGCACCUGGGAUGGCUGCUCCUGGAAAUUCGCACGCUCGGAUGAGCUCACCCGCCAUUUCCGCAAGCACACAGGCAUCAAGCCCUUUCGGUGCACAGACUGCAACCGCAGCUUUUCUCGCUCUGACCACUUGUCUCUGCACCGCCGGCGCCAUGACACCAUGUGAGCACCGCAGACCACACUAGAGGAGCUGCACUGGUCUCCUGUGUGGGUGCUGAGAUUGUGACCAGUUUGUCCUCUUUGACCUCUACUUGCCUCGGGGAUGGGGUUGGAACAGCCUACUGAGCCAGGUUGAGGAGACUAAAAAGCUGUCUGGUCUCCCAUGGGGCUCUUCAUAUUCUACCUUCACCUCUCCAUUGUCCAGACUUCAGUUUUUUCAACCUCCGCAUGGGUUGAAUUCCAGUGCGGCACCCAUGGCUGCCCCUUUCCCCAGACCCUCUAUUCAGAUAUAGACAUUUUUCCUACAAUAACAAAACAGGAAUCAAAACUCAAGGCUGUGAACAAACAUACGCUGCUUCCCCUCCCCACCCUAUUUUUUCUCGUUUUCUAGAACUUUUAUCCAUAUAUAUAUAUCUAUAUUUUUAAUCAGUACUUAAGGCAGUGGUAGUAUCCUAAAAUGACUUUUUUUUCAUGUUCCUACAUGGAGGGAGCAUAACGAUGCAGUUGAAUGGUAAGACUGACAGAGAAUUGGGUCCUAAAUGUAGGGCAUGUUCUUAGUGAAUAAGCUGAGUCUCAUACCAAACUUAAAGGUUUUGUAGAUUCAAUCCAGUUUUCUUCUUACAAUUUUGUUUUCAGACAUUGCUGGUUUCUUCUUCGUAAGUCCAUCAAAGAGGAUGAAGGGUCCUUCUUGUCUUUCUCCUCUUUCUCUUCCUGCUCUUUCAGGAUUAAAGAUUUUUGGGGGCACAAUUACAGCUUCUUAGGUUACAUUUGGACAAAUAUUCAAAGCACACAAAGACAGGUCAGUAGGGGAAAAAGUGUUCUAGGAAAAUAAGUUGGUCACUGACAGGAACAAGCAAACCUGGGGGCGACCCUGAGAACAAAUAGGAUGACUUUCAUUUGGACAGGAUACGAAAAGUGCUGGUAAUCAUAAACCUCAUUUCAAAUGGCAGCCUGUUGAGACAGAAUCUUCAGGAGCUGCACUGUACUGUUCUUUUUUUGUUUACAUGAAGCAACAAUUUAGUAUAUUUACAUGAUGAGAAGUACACACUGAGGUCGUGUUAACCAGAGGUGAGGGGUUGGAAAAAAGGACUUUUGUUUAUGCCAUAGCAUUAUUGGCAGUCACUAGUCUAUGUUGAAUGGGAUAUAAAAGGCUUUUUUUGUGAGAAGUGA